AGUAACAAAAACUCCACUUGUACUCACACAGAGGGACAAAUACUACUUCCAUUCGGAUUUUAAGAUGGCUUCGGGUCGUCUUCCUUUGACGGUCCUUUGUCUCCUCAUCUCCCUUAUCCUCCUCCCGCUAGCUAAUGCCUCUCCAUCAUCGAUCGUGAAGCGCGAGGUUCGCGUCGACACCAAGGCCGGGAUCAUGGGUGAAGGCACCUACCCGCGCGCCACCUAUAUCAAAGAUAAAUCGCUGCUGGGAUGCUUCCGGUCCUACAAGAACGGAAAGCUCGCACUCGAGACGGUCCGCUCGACCGACCGAGGCAAGACCUGGAAGCCCGUGGGCACAGCGAUCACAGAGGAGAAAACGAAGCACGGACUGAACAACUGCUUCCUGCACCAACUGCCCGACUCUGACCGGAUCCUGAUGGCGUUCCGGAACCCCGAGCGCGACGCAAAGGACACGAAAUACAUCAACCAUAUCAUUCUCGUGUAUUCGUCUGAUGAUGGCGGAAAGACGUGGGCGAAGCUCAGCACGGUCGCCACGACACAGACCACUGGGUUGGGGCUAUGGGAGCCGUUCAUGAUGGACGGGCUGAAUGGGGAUUUGAUGCUGUUUUUCUCGAGAGAGACACGUACGGAUGGUAAGGACCAGAACAACGUCCUCGUGCGGUCCUCGGAUGGAGGCAAGACUUGGGGCAAGGAGCAGACGAUUUCCGGCGGUGACAUCCAGAAACGCGAUGGCAUGGUCGGCGUCGCGCGUGUGGCUCCGGGCUCUAAGAAGUUGAUCGCUGUCUUCGAGAGCUUGUGGGAUAAUACGGGCAUCACGUCAGUCACUUCCGACGACGACGGGAAGACCUGGGGUAACCGCAGGCUGGUUUAUAAGGGCACCAAUGGACCUCCCAGCGAGGCUGCUCCUCAGAUUGUCCGCGUUGGUGAAAAGACUCUGGUGGUCAGCUUCUCGACCUGGGAAGAUGAUCGAGAAGCUGGGGAUUCGAAACCUCCGAACGUCAAGGUAGUUGUUAGCACCGACGGAGGAGCCAGCUGGGGCCAAAAGACCCUUGUGCACAAGAAUUGUCACUGGGCUGGGGAAGUCGCGGUGGAUGGGAACAGCUUGCUGGUUAUGUGUGACUAUGAUGAUGGGACUUCUGUUUCCACGCGAGUGAGCAUUCAUUGAGUGCAUCAGUAGAUGCCUUGCAUAUCAUGGGUUACGGUUUCACUCACUGAGCUUUGUGGCGAUUUCAAUUUAAGGAUUUAUGUUUGAGAGUACUCUAAUCUUGAG